ACUCCGGAGGGGAAGCGGCACGGCCGGCCUCCGCCCCCCGCCUCCACACACACACCCUGUAGCGGGAAGGGGGAAGUGAGCGGCCCGCCCCCCCUGCUCGGUCCCGGCGGUGCACGGUUCUUCCCGGGACUCGGUGGCGGCGGGCACUGCGCCCCGGGCGGAAGGCGAGCGGCGGUAGCUGGGGCCUGGAGCCGCCGCUGGAGGAGGGGAAGAGCGGGGUGUUCCCGCAGCGCCAGUUGAUGCGCAGCCUGAAGGGCGGCUCCUGCGGCGGCUCCUGCGGCCUCGCUAUGGCCGGGCCCCGACGGUGAAGGCAGUGGGAGCCGCCUGUGUCCGCGCCGCGCCAGGAGGCGGCGCCGCGCAAGCAGCGGGCGGGCGGGGAGGGGGAUGAGCAGCGCCGCAGCCGCCGCCGCCUCUGCGGGAGCUGCCGCCGCCGCCUGCACCGGGGCCGAACGCGGCUACUCCUUCUUCUCCGGCGGCGCCGCUCCGGCCAUGGGGCCCGAGGAGGGCUCGGCCGGCGGGCUGGGAGCCCUGCCCGCCCCGCCGCCGGGCUGCCGGAGCCGCUACCAGCUGCUGCUCUCCGGGAAGGCCCUGGCCGACAGAUACCGGAGGAUUUACACGGCGGCUCUGAGCGACCGUGAGCUGGGGAGCCACCCGGGCAGAAGUAAAAAACUUUUUAGCAAGAAAAAGUUGAAAAGAAAACAGAAGACUAAAUUGAAAGUAAAAACACGCAGCAAGACUGAAAACCUAGAGAGUACAAUAACCAUACCAGAUAUCAGAUUACAUAGCAAUCCUUCAGCUUUUAAUGUUUACUGCAAUGUCCGCCAUUGUGUGUUGGAGUGGCAGAAAAAGGAAGCAUCUGUGUCUUUGGCUUCAAAGAACAGUGUCCAGAGUGGGGAUUCGGACAGUGAUGAAGAAGAGGAGCCCAAAGAACCACCUAUUAAACUUCCAAAGAUUAUUGAAGUUGGAUUAUGUGAGGUCUUCGAACUGAUAAAGGAGACAAGAUUUUCUCAUCCCUCGUUGUGUCUCAGGAGCCUACAAGCCCUACUUAAUGUGCUCCAAGGUCAGCAACCAGAAGGCCUGCAAUCAGAGCCUCCAGAAGUCCUAGAAUCCCUGUUCCAGCUUCUUCUGGAAAUAACUGUCCGUAGCACGGGAAUGAAUGACAGUACAGGACAGUCCUUGACAGCACUUUCCUGCGCUUGCCUCUUCAGUUUGGUAGCUGCCUGGGGAGAGACAGGAAGGACGUUGCAAGCCAUCUCUGCAAUCCUCACCAAUAAUGGCAGCCAUGCUUGUCAGACUAUUCAGGUGCCAACCAUCUUAAACUCUCUUCAGCGGAGUGUACAGGCAGUUCUGGUGGGCAAAAUCCAAAUCCAGGACUGGUUCAGUAAUGGGAUAAAGAAGGCAGCCUUGAUGCACAAAUGGCCAUUGAAAGAAAUAUCUGUAGAUGAAGAUGACCAGUGCCUACUUCAGAGUGAUGGAUUUUUCCUCUAUCUCUUAUGUAAAGAUGGACUUUACAAAAUUGGCUCUGGAUAUAGCGGGACAGUGAGGGGCCAUAUAUACAAUUCUACAUCCCGCAUCAAAAACCGAAAAGAAAAAAAGUCUUGGUUAGGCUAUGCUCAGGGCUAUUUAUUAUAUAGAGAUACAAAUAAUCACAGUAUGACAGCCAUAAGAAUAAACCCUGAAACCUUGGAACAAGACGGUACAGUUGCUUUGCCAGAUUGUCAUACUGAAGGGCAGAAUAUCCUUUUCACAGAUGGAGAGUAUAUUAAUCAAAUAGCAGCAUCUAGAGAUGAUGGCUUUGUAGUGCGAAUAUUUGCCACAAGUACUGAGCCAGUAUUGCAACAAGAACUGCAGCUUAAGCUUGCAAGAAAAUGCUUACAUGCCUGUGGCAUCUCAUUGUUUGAUCUGGAGAAAGAUUUGCACAUUAUCAGUACAGGGUUUGAUGAGGAAUCAGCUGUCCUUGGUGCUGGGAGAGAGUUUGCACUGAUGAAAACUGCUAGUGGAAAGAUUUAUUACACUGGCAAAUAUCAGAGCCUUGGAAUCAAACAAGGUGGCCCUUCAGCUGGCAAAUGGGUUGAACUCCCAAUCACAAAAUCUCCAAAGAUUAUUCAGUUUUCUGUUGGACAUGAUGGUUCACAUGCCUUGCUUGUUGCUGAGGAUGGAAGCAUAUUCUUCACAGGUUCUGCUAGUAAAGGAGAGGAUGGUGAAUCAACUAAAAGCAGAAGGCAAUCAAAACCAUAUAAGCCUAAAAAAAUCAUUAAAAUGGAAGGAAAGAUUGUCAUAUCUACAGCGUGCAAUAAUGGAAGUAGUUCUGUAAUUUCCAAAGAUGGAGAACUCUACAUGUUUGGGAAAGAUGCCAUUUACUCUGAUAGUACAAGUUUAGUAACAGAUUUGAAAGGACAUUUUGUGACUCAAGUAGCCAUGGGCAAAGCUCACACCUGUGUGUUAAUGAAGAAUGGGGAAGUUUGGACAUUUGGAGUAAAUAAUAAAGGACAGUGUGGACGAGACACAGGCUCUAUGAGCCAGGGAGGAAAAGGUUUUGGAGUUGAGAACAUGGCAACAGCAAUGGAUGAAGACCUGGAAGAGGAACUGGAUGAAAAAGAUGAGAAGUCCAUGAUGUGUCCUCCAGGCAUGCAUAAAUGGAAGCUGGAGCAGUGUAUGGUAUGCACUGUAUGUGGAGAUUGCACAGGCUAUGGAGCCAGCUGUGUUAGUAGCGGGCGUCCUGAUAGAGUACCUGGAGGAAUCUGUGGCUGUGGCUCAGGUGAGUCAGGCUGUGCUGUGUGUGGCUGCUGCAAGGCAUGUGCUAGAGAACUGGAUGGCCAGGAGGCAAGGCAAAGAGGAAUCCUUGAUGCUGUAAAAGAGAUGAUACCUUUAGAUCUCUUACUGGCUGUCCCUGUUCCUGGAGUUAAUAUUGAAGAGCACCUUCAGCUACGACAAGAAGAAAAGCGGCAACGUGUAAUUAGGAGACAUAGAUUAGAAGACGGAAGAGGCCCCCUUGUAAUUCCUGGUCCUAUUUUUAUGAACCAUCGAGAACAGGCUCUAGCCAGAAUCAGACUCUCUCCAGCACCGCUAAAGCAUAAACGGGACAAGCACAAAGAUGGAAGUGGAGAAAGAGGUGAGAAGGAUGCCAGCAAAAUCACAACGUAUCCACCAGGGGCUGUUCGCUUUGACUGUGAACUGCGAGCUGUACAAGUCAGUUGUGGAUUUCACCAUUCAGUGGUUUUGAUGGAGAAUGGUGAUGUUUACACAUUUGGAUAUGGGCAGCAUGGUCAACUUGGACACGGUGAUGUUAAUUCCAGGGGAUGUCCUACUUUGGUGCAAGCAUUACCAGGUCCUAGUACACAAGUUACUGCUGGGAGCAACCACACAGCUAUUCUCUUAAUGGAUGGCCAGGUUUUCACAUUUGGAAGCUUUUCAAAAGGUCAGCUUGGCAGACCAAUUCUGGAUAUGCCCUACUGGAAUGCAAAACCAGCACCUAUGCCUAACAUAGGCUCCAAAUAUGGGCGCAAAGCUACAUGGAUUGGAGCGAGUGGAGACCAGACUUUUCUCCGGAUCGACGAAGCUCUCAUUAAUUCUCAUGUGCUUGCUACAUCAGAGAUAUUUGCAAGCAGGCAUAUAAUAGGUUUGGUACCAGCUUCAAUAUCAGAACCGCCUCCUUUUAAAUGUCUUCUGAUAAACAAAGUAGAUGGCAGUUGCAAAACAUUCAAUGAUUCUGAGCAGGAAGACCUUCAAGGUUCUGGUGUGUGUCUGGAUCCUGUCUAUGACGUUAUUUGGAGGUUUCGCCCAAAUGCCAGGGAACUGUGGAGUUACAACGCAGUAGUUGCCGAUUCCAGGCUUCCCUCAGCUCCAGAUAUGCAAUCCCGGUGUAGUAUUUUGAGUCCAGAACUUGCUCUGCCAACAGGUUCCAAAGCUCUAACCACCAGAUCUCAUGCAGCUUUGCAUAUUCUAGGUUGCCUUGAUACUUUGGCUGCUAUGCAGGACUUAAAAAUGGGUGUUGCAAAUACAGAAGAAGAGACUCAAGCAGUAAUGAAAGUUUAUUCUAAAGAAGACUACAGUGUUGUUAACAGAUUUGAAAGUCAUGGAGGAGGCUGGGGUUACUCAGCCCACUCAGUAGAAGCCAUCCGUUUCUGUGCUGAUACAGAUAUAUUGCUAGGUGGUCUUGGUCUCUUUGGUGGUAGAGGUGAAUACACUGCUAAAAUAAAGUUGUUUGAAUUGGGUCCAGAUGGGGGAGAUCAUGAGACAGAUGGAGAUCUCCUUGCUGAGACAGAUGUCUUAGCAUAUGAUUGUGCUGCCAGAGAGAAAUAUGCAAUGAUGUUUGAUGAGCCAGUACUCCUGCAAGCUGGCUGGUGGUACGUAGCCUGGGCAAGAGUGUCAGGACCUAGCAGUGAUUGUGGAUCUCAUGGACAAGCCUCUAUUACUACAGAUGAUGGUGUUGUAUUUCAGUUUAAAAGUUCCAAGAAAUCAAAUAAUGGUACAGAUGUGAAUGCAGGGCAGAUUCCACAAUUACUAUACAGGUUGCCAACAAGUGAUGGCAGUGCAUCCAAAGGAAAACAGCAAACUAGUGAACCUGUACAUAUUUUAAAGAGAUCUUUUGCCAGAACUGUCUCAGUGGAAUGCUUUGAAUCUUUACUGAGCAUUCUUCAUUGGAGUUGGACAACACUAGUUCUGGGAGUUGAAGAACUUCGUGGGCUAAAGGGUUUCCAAUACACUGCUACUCUUCUGGAUUUAGAAAGGUUGCGUUUUGUGGGCACUUGCUGCCUGAGAUUGCUGAGGGUCUACACCUGUGAAAUAUAUCCAAUAUCAGCUACAGCUAAGGCAGUUGUAGAAGAAACCAGCAAACUAGCAGAUUGCAUUGGAAAAACUAGGACCUUGCUGAGAAAAAUUUUAUCUGAAGGAGUUGACCAUUGCAUGGUGAAGUUGGACAAUGAUCCACAAGGAUAUCUCAGUCAGCCUCUCAGUCUGUUAGAAGCUGUUCUUCAGGAAUGCCAUAAUACAUUCACAGCUUGCUUCCAUUCAUUCUAUCCAACACCAGCUCUCCAGUGGGCAUGUCUUUGCGACUUGCUGAACUGUUUGGACCAGGAUAUCCAGGAAGCAAACUUCAAGACCUCCAGUAGCCGUCUCCUUGCUGCUGUCAUGUCUGCUCUGUGCCACACGUCAGUGAAGCUGACCUCCAUCUUCCCCAUCGCUUACGACGGAGAGGCCCUGCUGCGCUCCAUGGUUAAACAAGUCAGCACCGAGAACGACUCUGCUCUGGCCCAUCGCUUUCCUCUUCUGGUUGCACACAUGGAAAAGCUGAGUCAGAGUGAAGAAAAUGUUUCAGGGAUGACAAGCUUUCGGGAAGUGCUGGAAAAGAUGUUGGUCAUUGUUGUUUUACCAGUACGGAACAGCCUGAGAAGAGAAAAUGAACUUUUCUCUUCACAUCUGGUUUCUAAUACCUGUGGGUUGCUUGCUAGUAUUGUGAGUGAGCUCACAGCAUCAGCAUUAGGAUCUGAGGUUGAUGGACUGAAUUCUCUCCAUUCUGUCAAAUCCACUCCAAAUCGAUUCACUAAAACAAGUCAGGGAAGAAGCUGGAAUACUGGGAAUGGAUCCCCUGAUGCAAUAUGUUUUUCUGUUGACAAACCUGGUGUAGUUGUAGUAGGAUUUUCUGUUUAUGGUGGAGGAGGAAUUCAUGAGUAUGAGUUGGAGGUAUUAGUCGAUGAUAGUGAUCAUACUGGAGAUGCAACUCAUUCUCAUAGAUGGACCUCUUUAGAACUGGUUAAAGGCACUUACACCACAGAUGAUUCUCCUAGUGACAUAGCUGAAAUCAGACUUGACAAAGUUGUGCCUCUGAAGGAAAAUGUGAAAUAUGCAAUUCGUUUGAGAAAUUAUGGAAGCCGGACUGCCAAUGGAGAUGGUGGAAUGACCACAGUUCAGUGUCCAGAUGGGGUAACCUUUACAUUUAGUACGUGCAGUCUGAGCAGUAAUGGCACCAACCAAACACGAGGACAAAUCCCACAGAUUCUUUAUUACAGGAGUGAGUAUGAUGGAGAUCUGCAGUCACAACUGUUGAACAAAGCUAAUGAAGAAGACAAAAACUGUAGCAGGGCUCUUUCUGUUGUGAGUGCUGUUGUACGAGCAGCCAAAGACUUGUUGCACAGAGCUCUUGCUGUAGAUGCUGAAGACAUUCCAGAAGUACUCAGCUCUUCCAGUCUGUUUUCAAUGCUGCUUCCCCUCAUCAUAGCCUACAUAGGACCAGUAGCAGCAGCUAUUCCCAAGGUUGCUGUUGAAGUCUUUGGCCUUGUACAACAGCUACUUCCUUCUGUGGCAGUUCUGAAUCAGAAAUACGCCCCUCCAGCUUUUAAUCCAAAUCAGUCUACAGAUAGCACCACUGGAAACCAGCCAGAGCAAGGGCUUUCAGCUUGUACUACCUCCAAUCACUAUGCUGUUGUAGAAAGCGAGCAUCCCUAUAAACCUGCCUCUGUUACACACUAUAAGGUAACUUUUCCUGAAUGUGUCAGGUGGAUAACAAUAGAGUUUGACACUCAAUGUGGCACCGCUCAGUCAGAGGAUGUCCUUCGUUUACUAAUUCCUGUCAGAAUUGCACAGAGCCUGGGAUUUGGACCAAAGCAUACCUCUGUUCAUGAAAACCUUAAUUCAUGGAUAGAACUGAAAAAGUUCUCUGGAUCUUCAGGAUGGCCUACCAUGGUGUUAGUAUUACCAGGGAAUGAAGCUCUUUUUUCUCUGGAGACUGCAUCAGACUAUGUAAAAGAUGAAAAAGCUUGUUUUUAUGGUUUCAAAUGUUACGCAAUUGGAUAUGAAUUUAGUCCAGGAAGUGAUGAGGGUAUUAUUCAGCUGGAGAAGGAACUGGCAAAUUUAGGAGGAUCAUGUGCAGCAGCUUUGAUGAAGAAGGAUUUAGCGCUUCCUAUUGCAGGUAGUGAAUUUGAAGAGGAUCUUGAAAUACUUGAAGAGGCAGCCUUACAGGUGUGCAAAUCUCACUCAGGCAUUCUUGGGAAAGGCUUGGCACUAUCUCACUCACCAACCAUUUUAGAAGCUCUUGAAGGAAGUCUUCCACUGCAGGUACAAAGCAACGAGCAGUCAUUCCUGGAAGAUUUCAUUGCUUGUGUACCAGGAUCAAGUGGUGGACGACUUGCAAGGUGGCUGCAGCCUGAUUCAUAUGCUGAUCCUCAAAAAACAUCAUUGAUUUUGAAUAAGGAUGACAUCCGAUGUGGUUGGCCAACUGUUAUUACAGUACAGACAAAAGACCAAUAUGGGGAUGUUGUUCAUGUUCCUAAUAUGAAGGUAGAAGUCAAAGCUAUUCCUGUUUCUCAGAAAAAAACUUCUUUGCAACAAGAGCAGGUUAAAAAAGUACAGCGGAUACCAGGGAGUCCUGCAGCAGCUAUUUCCCCUAACAGUGAUAUGACCUUUGGAGGACUUCCUUCACCAAAGCUUGAUUCCUCCUAUGAGCCAAUGAUAGUAAAAGAAGCUCGGUAUAUUGCUAUAACAAUGAUGAAGGCAUAUGAAAAUUACUCUUUUGAAGAACUACGUUUUGCUUCACCAACACCAAAGAGACCCAGUGAAAACAUGUUGAUCAGAGUCAACAAUGAUGGUACAUACUGUGCAAACUGGACUCCAGGAGCUGUUGGUCUCUAUACCAUUCAUGUUACUAUAGAUGGCAUUGAAAUAGAUGCUGGACUAGAAGUGAAAGUAAAAGAUCCUCCAAAAGGAAUGAUACCUCCUGGAACCCAACUUAUUAAACCAAAAGCAGAGCCUCAGCCAAACAAGGUUCGCAAAUUUGUGGCCAAGGACAGUGCAGGGCUUCGUAUCCGUAGCCACCCUUCCCUUCAGAGUGAGCAGAUAGGCAUAGUGAAAGUCAAUGGAUCCAUCACUUUCAUUGACGAGAUCCACAAUGAUGAUGGUGUUUGGCUGAGGCUGAAUGAUGAAACAAUAAAGAAGUAUGUUCCUAACAUGAAUGGUUACACUGAAGCCUGGUGUCUGUCUUUUAACCAACAUCUUGGCAAGAGCCUUCUGGUACCUGUUGACGAAUCUAGGUCUAAUGCUGAUGAUUUUUUCAAAGACCUAAAUUCACACUGCCCAGGGGAAGCAGUGAUGCAAGAACAAGACAUGCCAUUCCUUCGAGGUGGACCUGGAGUGUACAAGGUAGUGAAGACUGGCCCAUCAGGUCACAACAUCAGAAGCUGCCCUAACCUUAGAGGUAUCCCAAUUGGAAUGUUAGUUCUGGGAAACAAAGUCAAGGCAGUAGGCGAGGUGACUAAUUCAGAAGGUACGUGGGUGCAAAUGGAUAAGAACAGCAUGGUAGAGUUCUGUGAAAGUGAUGAAGGCGAGGCAUGGUCAUUAGCUAGAGACAGAGGUGGAAACCAGUACCUCCGACAUGAAGAUGAGCAAGUCCUUCUAGAUCAAAAUGUGCAGACUCCUCCCCCAAGUCCUUUUUCAAUACAAGCUUUCAGUAAAGGGACAAGCUGUAGUAACGGACAAGGGUUUGAUUAUGGCCUUGGAAAUAACAAAGGUGACCAACUGAGUGCCAUACUGAAUUCCAUUCAGUCACGGCCAAAUCUCCCAGCUCCUUCCAUCUUUGAUCAAGCUGCAAAACCUCCCUCUUCCCUUGUCCACAGUCCAUUUGUGUUCGGACAGCCCCUUUCCUUCCAGCAGCCUCAGCCACAGCUUCAGAGUGACCGAAUGAAUUUCACAGGAGCUGCUAGACCGAUUUCUCCAGCAGGAAAAUCAGACAUGUCAUCAAAGCACAGAGCUGACUGCAGGUCACCCAAGCUUGAUGUGCGAAUGAACAGAGCUGCUGCCGAGCAGAAGAAACCCAGAAAUACGGACGGCUUAUCAGCCAGCGAGUGCCUGAUGCUGAAAUCAGAUGCUGCAAAGUUGCGGUCAGACUCGCACAGCAGGUCUUUGUCGCCAAAUCAUAACACUUUGCAAACACUAAAAACUGAUGGAAGAACAACUCCUGGUCUGAGAGCUGAAUCUCCAGGCCCAGGAACCCGGUCGUCUUCUCCAAAGACAAAGACGCUUACAGGCAUUAGAUCUGGUGCUAGUUCUCCACGGUCCUCAUCACCCCAUGACAAAACUCUACCUCAGAAAGCCUCAUCCCCUGUAAAAACAAAACUUGAUCCUCCUCGAGAACGCUCCAAAUCAGAUUCUUACACAUUAGAUCCAGACACCCUUCGCAAAAAGAAAGUGCCACUAACAGAACCCUUAAGGGGGAGGUCCACUUCACCCAAACCAAAAAUUAUUGCAAAAGAUGGAAAGUCUGCACCAGAAACUGAAAACAGAGCUCCUUCCCCUCAUGUCGUACAAGAAAAUCUUCACAGUGAGGUAGUUGAAGUCUGUACUUCAAGUACUUUAAAGACUGAUAGCAUUACAGAUACCACCUGUGAAGACAACACCGAAUUCAGAAGUUUGGAUGAUGGUUCUAAUAAAGUUCAUUUCAGCAUUGGAAAAGCACCACUGAAGGAUGAGCAGGACAUGAGAGCAUCUCCAAAAGUGAGCCGUAAAUGUGCUGGCAGGCACACAAGACCCAAAAAGGAAAAAUCCAACUUCCUUUUCAAAGGAGAUGGAUCAAAGCCCAUAGAGCCUGCCAAGCAAGCAAUGUCACCUUCUGUUGCAGAAUGUGCUCGAGCCGUAUUUGCCGCAUUUCUUUGGCAUGAAGGAAUAGUUCAUGAUGCCAUGGCAUGCUCAUCUUUUUUGAAGUUUAAUCCAGAACUCUCCAAAGAGCAUGCACCCAUACGAAGCAGUCUUACUCAACAACCUGCAGAGGAAAAAGAAACCAAGUUGAAAAACAGACAUUCAUUGGAAAUAUCAUCUGCUCUUAACAUGUUCAACAUCUCACCUCACGGACCAGAUAUCUCUAAAAUGGGUAGCAUCAAUAAAAAUAAAGUCCUCUCAAUGUUAAAAGAACCACCUCUGCAUGAAAAGUGUGAGGAUGGAAAAACUGAAACUACCUCCUUUGAAACAUCCAGUCAUCACACAAUGAAAUCAAAGUCUCCUCUUCCCUUAACACUGCAGCACUUAGUAGCUUUCUGGGAAGAUAUCUCCUUAGCAACUAUUAAAGCAGCUUCCCAAAACAUGAUUUUUCCAAGUCCUGGGUCUUGUGCAGUGUUAAAGAAGAAGGAAAGUGACAAAGAUAACAAAAAAGCGAAAAAGGAGAAAAAGAAAAAAGAAAAGGUUGAGGCUAGGCCAAGGGGAAAUCUUUUUGGUGAGAUGGCCCAGCUUGCAGUGGGAGGACCUGAAAAAGACACCAUCUGUGAGUUGUGUGGAGAAUCUCAUCCAUAUCCAGUGACUUACCACAUGAGACAAGCUCAUCCAGGUUGUGGCCGCUACGCAGGUGGCCAAGGUUACAACAGCAUUGGGCACUUCUGUGGAGGAUGGGCUGGGAAUUGUGGUGAUGGAGGCAUUGGAGGGAGCACGUGGUAUUUGGUGUGUGAUCGAUGCAGAGAAAAGUAUCUCCGUGAAAAGCAAGCAGCAGCAAGAGAGAAGAUUAAACAAUCUAGGAGAAAACCAAUGCAAGUUAAGACACCUCGUGCCUUGCCGACUAUGGAAGCUCAUCAAGUGAUUAAAGCCAAUGCACUGUAUUUACUGUCACUGAGUAGUGCUGCUGAGCCCAGUAUCCUCUGCUAUAACCCUGCAAAAGCAUUCCAAUCUCAACUGCCCAGUCUCAAAGAAGGAAUUUCUGAAGACUUUCCCAUUAAGAUGCCAUGUCUCUAUCUACAGACAUUAGCAAGGCAUCAUCAUGAAAAUUUUGUUGGGUACCAGGAUGACAACCUCUUCCAGGAUGAGAUGAGAUACUUGCGCUCCACUUCAGUACCUGCGCCGUACAUCUCUGUUACUCCUGACGCCAGCCCUAAUGUCUUUGAAGAGCCAGAGAGUAACAUGAAAUCUAUGCCCCCAAGUUUGGAAACCAGUCCCAUCACAGAUACAGAUCUUGCAAAGCGCACAGUCUUUCAGAGAUCCUAUUCAGUUGUUGCAUCAGAAUAUGACAAACAGCACUCAAUUUUGCCAGCACGUGUAAAGGCAAUCCCCAGGAGACGAGUCAACAGUGGAGAUGCAGAAGUGGGGUCCUCUCUCCUGAGACAUCCAUCACCUGAACUUUCUCGGUUAAUCUCCGCCCACAGCUCUCUUUCCAAAGGAGAGAGAAAUUUCCAGUGGCCAGUAUUGGCAUUUGUAAUCCAGCAUCAUGAUCUGGAAGGACUUGAAAUAGCAAUGAAACAAGCCUUACGGAAAUCUGCUUGCCGAGUCUUUGCCAUGGAGGCCUUCAAUUGGCUUCUUUGUAAUGUCAUUCAAACAACUUCUCUUCACGAUAUUUUAUGGCAUUUUGUGGCUUCCCUGACUCCUGCACCUGUAGAGCCUGAAGAAGAAGAGGAUGAAGAAAAUAAAUCAAAUAAAGAAAAUGCAGAACAAGAAAAAGACACACGAGUGUGUGAACACCCUCUGUCAGAUAUAGUGAUUGCUGGGGAAGCUGCUCACCCCUUACCCCACACUUUCCAUCGCCUUCUUCAGACAAUCUCUGAUCUUAUGAUGUCACUUCCCAGUGGUAGUGCAUUACAGCAAAUGGCCUUAAGGUGCUGGAGUCUUAAAUUCAAGCAAUCUGAUCACCAGUUCCUGCACCAGAGCAAUGUGUUUCAUCAUAUCAACAAUAUUUUGUCUAAAUCUGAUGAUGGAGAUAGUGAAGAGAGUUUUAGUAUCAGCGUUCAGUCCGGUUUUGAAGUCAUGAAUCAGGAACUGUGUAUAGUAGUUUGUCUGAAAGACCUAACCAGCAUUGUUGACAUUAAAACAUCAAGCCGACCUGCCAUGAUUGGUAGUUUAACAGAUGGGUCUACAGAAACGUUCUGGGAGUCAGGAGAUGAGGACAAAAACAAAACUAAAAACAUCACAAUUAACUGUGUAAAAGGAAUCAAUGCACGUUACGUUUGUGUUCAUGUAGACAAUUCCAGAGAUCUUGGGAACAAAGUGACCUCCAUGACCUUCCUAACUGGUAAGGCAGUAGAAGAUCUCUGCAGAAUAAAGCAGGUAGAUUUGGAUUCAAGACAUAUUGGCUGGGUAACAAGUGAACUUCCUGGAGGUGAUAAUCACAUCAUCAAAAUUGAAUUGAAGGGUCCAGAGAACACACUAAGAGUUCGACAAGUAAAAAUUCUUGGAUGGAAGGAUGGUGAAAGCAUUAAAAUAGCAGGCCAGAUUUCUGCAAGUGUGGCUCAACAAAGAAACUGUGAAUCUGAGACACUGCGAGUGUUCCGACUUAUAACAUCCCAGGUAUUUGGGAAACUUAUCUCUGGAGAUGCUGAGCCGACCCCAGAGCAAGAAGAAAAAGCACUAUUGUCUUCCCCAGAAGGAGAAGAAAAAGUACACAAUGCAACGUCAGAUGCAGACUUGAAGGAGCACAUGGUAGGGAUCAUAUUCAGCCGGAGCAAACUGACAAAUUUGCAGAAACAGGUGUGUGCCCACAUCGUGCAGGCCAUACGGAUGGAGGCGACGCGCGUCCGCGAGGAGUGGGAGCACGCCAUCUCCAGCAAGGAGAACGCCAACUCGCAGCCCAGCGACGAGGACGCCUCCUCGGACGCCUACUGCUUCGAGCUGCUCUCCAUGGUGCUGGCGCUCAGCGGCUCCAACGUGGGCCGCCAGUACCUGGCCCAGCAGCUUACUCUGCUCCAGGACCUCUUCUCCUUGCUACACACAGCUUCUCCCAGGGUGCAGAGGCAGGUAACAUCAUUACUGAGGCGUGUUUUGCCUGAGGUAACCCCCAGUCGCCUCGCAAGUAUUAUAGGGGUGAAGUCUCUUCCACCAGCGGAUAUAAGUGAUAUAAUUCAUUCAACAGAAAAAGGAGAUUGGAACAAACUAGGUAUCUUGGACAUGUUUUUGGGAUGCAUUGCCAAAGCUCUCACUGUACAGCUAAAAGCCAAAGGAACUACUAUCACAGGGACAGCUGGCACUACUGCAGGCAAAGGAGUUACUACAGUCACACUUCCAAUGAUCUUCAAUUCCAGCUAUAUUCGGCGAGGUGAAAGUCAUUGGUGGAUGAAGGGAUCAACACCUCCACAGAUUUCAGAGAUCAUCAUUAAACUCAUUAAAGACAUGGCAGCAGGUCAUCUGUCAGAAGCUUGGUCACGUGUGACAAAGAAUGCUAUUGCUGAAACCAUCAUAGCUCUGACCAAAAUGGAAGAAGAGUACAGAUCACCUGUGAGGUGCAUUGCAACAACCAGAUUGUGGCUGGCCUUAGCAUCCCUCUGUGUACUUGAUCAGGAUCAUGUUGAUAGACUAUCCUCAGGAAGAUGGAUGGGGAAGGAUGGGCAACAGAAACAGAUGCCAAUGUGCGAUAACCAUGAUGAUGGUGAAACUGCUGCAAUCAUUUUAUGUAAUGUCUGUGGGAAUUUGUGCACAGACUGUGACCGAUUCCUUCAUCUCCAUCGGCGAACAAAAACUCACCAGAGACAGGUGUUCAAAGAAGAAGAAGAAGCUAUCAAAGUUGAUCUCCAUGAGGGAUGUGGUAGGACCAAACUUUUCUGGCUGAUGGCAUUAGCAGAUUCUAAAACUAUGAAGGCUAUGGUGGAGUUUAGAGAACAGACAGGCAAACCAACCACCAGCAGUUCUGAAGCAUGUCGGUUCUGUGGAUGUAGGAGUGGAACUGAAUUAUCAGCAGUGGGAAGUGUUUGUUCUGAUACAGACUGCCAGGAGUAUGCUAAGAUUGCCUGCAGCAAGACACACCCCUGCGGUCACCCCUGUGGAGGCGUUAAGAACGAAGAGCACUGCUUGCCGUGCCUGCAUGGCUGUGAUAAAAAUGCUACAACUCUUAAACAGGAUGCUGAUGACAUGUGCAUGAUCUGCUUUACUGAAGCACUUUCAGCAGCACCAGCUAUCCAGCUGGACUGCAGCCAUGUUUUCCAUUUGCAAUGCUGUCAACGAGUACUAGAAAACAGAUGGCUUGGGCCAAGGAUAACUUUCGGGUUUAUGUCCUGCCCAAUUUGCAAGAACAAAAUCAAUCACACAGUAUUAAAAGAUUUGCUUGAUCCAAUCAAAGAACUCUAUGAAGAUGUAAGGAGAAAAGCGCUAAUGAGAUUGGAGUAUGAAGGGUUGCACAAGAGUGAGGCCAUCACAACACCAGGUGUUAGAUUUUAUAAUGACCCAGCUGGCUAUGCUAUGAACAGAUAUGCUUAUUAUGUUUGCUACAAGUGCAAAAAGGCAUAUUUCGGUGGUGAAGCUCGUUGUGAUGCUGAGGCUGGACAAGGAGAUGAUUAUGAUCCAAGAGAGCUUAUUUGUGGUGCAUGCUCUGAUGUUUCAAGGGCUCAGAUGUGUCCCAAACACGGUACAGAUUUCUUAGAAUACAAAUGUCGCUACUGCUGUUCAGUUGCUGUUUUUUUCUGUUUUGGGACAACACAUUUUUGCAAUGCUUGCCAUGAUGAUUUCCAAAGAAUGACAAGCAUCCCUAAAGAAGAGCUCCCACACUGUCCUGCAGGUCCCAAAGGUAAACAACUUGAAGGAACAGAAUGUCCACUUCAUGUUGUCCAUCCACCCACUGGUGAAGAAUUUGCUCUGGGUUGUGGGGUUUGCAGAAAUGCACACACUUUUUAGACUAGCAUUCUUUUUUUAACCAGAGCAAAACAGGUGCCCUCAUCCCUCAAGUGUCCUGAAAACAAAGUCCAGCUGGGAUGAGGAUGGGACCAUUCCAUAACCCAGGUAAAAGGAACAAUUUACAGUGCAAGAAGGAUGCCAAAUACCAUGUACAUAAUUCUUGCUGUGAGAUAUUGACAUUUUUUGAACCGAGACAUCAAAAUUUGUGAGGUGUUUGCAUGUGGCCAUUACAGUCAUCGGCUAGGAAACAUUGGACAUUUACAAAUAAACAAUUGUUAUUAAAGGAUCUGUGUGUCUGUGGACUAUGAAUGAUGCUGGCUUUCAGGAGAAAGAAAAAAUAUUGAUUAUUGUAUACUGACUUUUUGUAAUCUUGUACAAUUGUAACGCAUCACAAGUGGGGAUGGGAAAGAGGAAUAUUCUGGUUUAUUUCCUAGACUGUUAUAAAAAAAUGUGUUAGGAAGGCAUAAAUGUAACAAGUAUCACACUGUAUAUAAAGGUAUCAAUGUUUGUCCUGUAUAAGAAAUAUUAAAUUACAACAGCAGUUUCAUUUAAACUUCUGGGUUAUGUUUGAGCCUGAAAUUUUAAUGAAGUGCAAUACUGAGUGUGCCUCAUAUCUUGCAGCUGUAAACAUAAUGGAAUGUACAUGUCAAUAAAGCCACUGUACAUUUUUAUACAGUGAAAGUCUAA